AUGGAUACAUAUACUCGCUUAAUGAGAGAGAAUCCAGUGGUACUGGUUGCGCAUAACGGUACCUUAUUAAAAGCAGAAGAUAAUACGCUACGUUCACAGAUCAAAAAGCUUGGUGGUAAAUUAGUUGUGACCCGAUCUAAUCUUUUUAAUGCCGUUCUGCGUGGCUUGGAUCACCCUGACCCAGCCAGCCGAGACGCUAAUAAGAAAUACCGUUUCAAAGCACACCCUCUUGGAAAACUUUUUAAGGGACCCACUGCAGUUAUUGCAAUUCCUGAAUUAGAUCCUAAAAAAGUCGAAGCUAUUGUAAAGGUCCUGGAUAAAACUAAUGAGCGUUUGAUCUUACUUGGUGGUCAGGUCGAUGGCAGUGCUCUUGACAGAAGCGGUAUUGACCACUUUAAGAGUCUACCUCCCAUUGAACAACUCCGGGCUGAUUUGGCAGGUGUUCUUACAGUUUUGGGUGGUGCUGGAUUGGUGCAAACUCUUGAAUCAUCACCAAAAAUGCUCUACCUUACUCUUGAUGCUCAUCGCAAGAACGUUUCAGGUGAGUCUGACGAAUAA